GAGAGAGAGAGAGAGAGAGAGAGAGACGCACCGGGAGCCACAGGGAGAAAAUGACCGUGGAGAGAAUAUUCGACGAGCUCGGACAUUUCAACAGAUUUCAGGCAUGUCUGUAUUUUGCAGCAGUCUUCCAGGCCACAGCCUGUGGGAUCCACUACCUGGCGUCAGUUUUCCUGGUGGAAACCCCGAACUUUGUGUGCACUGGGCCCAGCAACAUCACAGACGUCCUGUACGGUAACCUGUCAGGAUCCAGUCUGGAGGAGUUCCUGCCGGACUUCAAAUCAAAGACUGGGCCCAUGGUGGUCAGGACGGCUGAAGGGGAACAGUGGGAGCUCAGCCGAUGCCACAUUGCCCAGCGCAUCGACCCAACAGACUUCACAUAUGACUUUGAUGGAAUCAAAACAGUGAAAGCCUGUGAAGGAAACUUUGUUUACGACCACACUGAAGUCGAACAGAGUGUUGUGACGGAGUGGGACUUGGUGUGUGAUAAAGAAUGGCUGGCCAAGCUGUGCCAGCCCACCUUCAUGAUGGGGGUGCUGAUCGGAGCGUUGGUGUUUGGGGACCUCGCUGACAGAGUUGGCCGUGUGAAGAUUCUGAUGUGCACCAGCAUCUGUCAGUUUGGCUUCGGAGUGGCUGUCGCAUUCUCUGGAAACUACUAUUUCUUCAUGGCACUCCGUUUCCUCCUUGCUAUGGUGUCCAGUGGCUACCUGGUGGUGGUGUUCGUCUACGUAACCGAAUUCACCGGCAUCAAGGUACGCACAUGGACCUCCAUGCACGUGCACGCAGCCUUUGCCGUUGGGAUCAUGGUGGUGGCUCUGACCGGUUACCUGGUGCGGGUCUGGUGGAUCUACCAGAUCAUCCUCUCCACCUGCACCUCGCCCUUCCUGCUCUUCUGCUGGAAGUUCCCCGAGACGCCCUUCUACCUGAUGGCCAAGGGCCGCUACCGGGACGCCCAGUCGCUGCUGGACAAGAUCGCCCGCUUCAACGGCCUGGAGUGCAGCCUGAAGGCAGAGGAGCUGCUGGAGCCGGAGGAUAGGGAGAAUGGCACAGCUCUGCUGGAGCAGGAGGAAGAGAAGCGGCCGGCGAAGAAGCUUUCCAUCCUGGACCUGUUUCGAAGCUGGAGGAUGGCCGGCCGUACAUGCACAGUGUGGGCGAUCUGGUUCAUCGGCAGUCUGGGCUACUACGUUUUCUCUUUAGGAUCCGUCAACUUAGGAGGAAACCAAUACAUGAACCUCUUCCUUGCUGGUGCAGUGGAGCUCCCCUCUUAUCUGGUUGGUUGUUUCGCAAUGGACCGGAUCGGAAGGAAGAAGACUUGCGCCCCAUCCCUGCUCCUGGCGGGGGUCGCUUGUAUGCUCAUCAUUGUGGUUCCCCCUGACAUCAAGUGGCUGGCCAUCGUUCUCAGCAUGACGGGGAAGUUUGCCAUCGCCAUCGCCUUUGGUCUCAUCUAUCUGUACACGUGUGAGCUUUAUCCAACCAUUAUCAGGUCUCUGGCAGUGGGUAGUGGCAGUAUGAUGUGCCGAGUCGGCAGUGUGGUUGCCCCCUUCUGUGUGUACCUGGCUGACGUCUGGGUCUACCUACCUCAGCUCAUCGUGGGAAUCCUCGCAUUCAUUAUCGGAGUGCUCACAUUGCUGUUGCCUGAGACCUUGGGCAAACCUCUAACAACCACCUUGGAGGAGGCAGAAGCUCUGGGGUCUAAGAAAAAGGACGGGAUGGAGAUGAACCAACGUGAGGCCAAGGCCUGAGCUGCACACUGCUGGAGACAGACGCACGGACAUAAGCCUCAGGGAAACAGAAUGAAAGAGAGAGAGAGAAAAAGAUGGAUGCAAAAGGUGAAACAGGAACACCGCUGAUAUUUUGGAUUAUUUGAAGAAAAAUUUAAGAAGAGCAAGUUUAUCAGUACUCUCGAAAUGAUUCUUCACUGAAACUGUCAAUGAAAGAAGUCAUCCAGAUUAUACCAAAUGCUGCAUUGUGAUUUGUUUACCUGUUAUAUUGCAUCGCAUCCUGUAUAUUAUAUUAUCACCAUAAACGCAAUAGCAUGUUUUGUUCUCUUAUCGAAAAAGUGCCUUACUGUCACUUGUUCAUUUUGUCAACUUGUAUUUGAAUCUCAGGGUUUUCAUUUCCAGAUAUCCCUGUGAAAAUAUGAAGGUGUUUUAACUUUAGACUCUGUUUGAUAUGUGUGUAAGUCAGUGUCCUAGUUUCCAUGAAAUCGAGAUGCUGGGCAUAUGGAAGGAAAAAUAAUCUGAAGUAAUAUUACGUUACUGUAUGAGUCGAGGUGUGUUCUCCAAAUGUUUGGACCGAAGACGGGAAUGAAUCCACCUGCUUUGCAAUAUUGUAGUAUAGUACAAGAAUGUUUUUGUUUCAUAUCAGACCAUUACGUGAUUUAAAUUUAGAAAAGUUCUGUGAAAAGGUGAAAAGUCAAGUGAAAGGUGAAACUAGUGUUUAAGCUUUCAGUUCAACAGUUUUACAAUCAAUACUAUGAUUUUUGUUUGUAUGUUAAGUCAGUAUUAUUAUUUCUAAAUAAAUAUGGUGGCUUAAA